AUGUUGAGCGGAGAAGCCCUACCCAUUACUAACAAACAACCCAACGGCACAAAACCGAACGACACAGAACCGUCUUGUCGUCUUCUUCCUCCUCCACCUUCUCGAGUGAUGGGUGUUGGUGGAAAUUUCUGGGACUUGCUUAAACCCUACGCCCGGCAUGAGGGUUUUGAUUUCUUGAGGAACAAGCGGGUUGCUGUCGACCUCUCCUUCUGGCUCGUACAGCAUGAAACCGCUAUCAAGGACCGUGCACGAAGCCCCCACCUCAGGCUCACCUUCUUCCGUACCAUCAAUCUCUUCUCCAAGUUUGGAGCAUUUCCAGUCUUUGUAGUUGAUGGAAGUCCGUCACCUCUAAAGUCAGAGGCGAGGAUUGCAAGAUUCUUUCGUUCUUCUGGUAUUGAUUCAUCAAGUUUGCCUGUGGCUGGCGAUGGUGCUUCAGUUGAGAGAAACAGCACAUUUACAAAGUAUAUUCAAGAAUGUGUGGAACUGCUUGAACUGCUUGGGAUGCCUGUAGUAAAAGCAAAAGGAGAGGCUGAAGCACUGUGUGCCCAGUUAGACGCCGAAGGUCAUGUAGAUGCUUGCAUCACAUCUGACAGUGAUGCAUUCCUCUUCGGGGCUAAGUGUGUGAUAAAAACCUUUCAAUCCAAUACCAGAGAACCAUUUGAAUAUUACUAUAUGUCAGAUAUCGAAGCUGGUCUUGGUUUGAAGAGGAAACACUUGAUUGCCAUCUCUCUUUUGGUCGGAAAUGACUAUGAUUUAAAUGGGGUGCAAGGCGUUGGGCUUGAUACAGCUCUUCGUUUUUCCCAAACUUUUAGUGAAGAUGAGAUAUUGAAUAGGUUACGUGAAAUUGGAAAUGGUGAUGCUUCUCCCUUGCGAGCAAAAGAACUCAUUUCAAGUCUUCCUGUGAAUAUUGUAGUACCACAAUGGGAUCGUAAAGAAAAGGAGCAGAAGAAGCAAGAUAAUUGGCGAUUGAAAGUUCUCAGCAAGAUUGCACUGGAGCCGAAUUUUCCCAAUGAUGCGAUUAUUGAAAUGUAUUUGGGCAACAGCCAUGGUUACUUCACUGAAAAUGAUGGACCCUGCAUAUCAUGGGGAAGUCCAAAAACUGAAAUGGUGGUUGAUUUCUUGGCUUAUCAUCAGCUGUGGGAACCAUCUUAUAUUCGGCGGAGGAUGCUUCCAAUGUUAUCAACUAUUUUUUUAAGGGAAAAGGCUAAAGAUCCUGUAAAAAGUUUGUUAUACGGGCAGUAUGAGUUCGAUUCCAUAGACCGCUUGAAAAUAAGAUAUGGGCAUCAAUUUUAUGUGGUCAAGUGGAAAAAAUCCGCACCUUCUUUGGGUUGUGUCAGUUGCACAGUCCCUCUGGAGGAGUCAGAUGUGCAACAAGAUGAUGUUAUGGAAGUUGAUGAAUCCAUUGAUCCAUUCGAUGAGUCUGAUGUUCCUAUGAUUGAUAUCAACAAUGGUUGUUGCUUUUUGUUGACCGAUGAAAAUACGGACCUUGUCCAUGCUGCUUUUCCGGAGGAAGUUGACAGAUUUUUGCAGGAGAAGGAACUGAAAGAAUUGAAAAGAAGAAAAACUGGGAAGCCAGAAACAGCAGGAUCAAGAGGCGUCCAGUAA